AUGGGUCUUCGAGUCACAGCCCUGAAAAUCGACCCUUACCUGAACACAGACGCCGGAUUGCUCAACCCUCUAGAACACGGCGAAUGCUUUGUUCUGGCCGAUGGCGGAGAGACUGAUCUGGAUCUUGGAAACUACGAGAGAUAUCUUGGCAUCCAGCUGAGCAACGAGAGCAACAUGACGACUGGCAAAAUCUACAAGCUCGUCAUCGAUAAAGAGAGACGCGGAGACUACCUGGGAAAGACCGUUCAAGUGGUUCCCCAUGUCACUGAUCAGAUCCAAGAGUGGGUUGAGCGAGUCGCCAAGAUCCCUGUCGAUAGCUCAGGAGAGGAGCCUGAUGUUUGCAUUAGUAUGUUUGUUCUAAAAGCCUUGCAGGGUGGAACUGUUGGAAGUGACAUUGAAUCCGCACCCUUUAUCGAAGCGCUUGUUCAGUUACAGCACAGACUCGGCCGCGAGAACUUCUUCAGCAUUGCCGUAUCAUACGUGCCGAUUAUCAAUGGAGAGGAGAAGACCAAGCCCACUCAACACGCCGUCAAGUCGAUGCGCAGUGCCGGCUUGAUUCCCGACAUGGUUGCCUGCCGUUGCGAACGAUCCCUCGACGAAGACACCAUCCGAAAGGUUGCUCGAAGCUGCCAGGUUCAAUACGAACAAGUCAUUGGUGUGCGAGACAUGGACACCAUCUACCAGGUUCCUAUGCUUCUUGAACAGGAGGGCCUGCUCAAACUCCUCCAGAAGGGCUUGGCUCUUGACAAGGUCGACCUCUCUUCGGCUCAAAUCAAGCAAGGCCAGAACCUGUGGGGCCUCUGGAAGAAGACUGUCAUUCCCGAGCACCAUCUCGAGCCUGUCAACAUCGCUUUGGUAGGCAAAUACGUCACCCUUGACGAUGCAUACCUGAGUGUGCGAAAAUCGCUUGAGCAUUCGGCCAUGCGAUGCAAGCGCAAGCUGAACCUCAUUCCCGUGGACUCUGAGCAUCUGGAGAAAGAUAUGCAGACGGCCGAUCCUAUCAAAUUCCACAACGCCUGGAAGGCCGUUUGCGAAGCUAAUGGCGUCAUUGUGCCGGGCGGCUUCGGUUCAAGAGGAAUUGAGGGAAUGAUUGAGGCUACCAAGUGGGCUCGCGAGCGCAAGGUGCCUUUCCUUGGAAUUUGCCUGGGUCUCCAGGUGGCCGUCCAAGAAUAUGCUCGCAAUGUCCUUGGAUACAAGAACGCCACCUCCGAAGAGGUUUCAGGUGCUCUUGCAGAGCAUCGCUUCGUCAUCUUCAUGCCUGAAGGAUCCAAAGAGCAAAUGGGCGGCACAAUGAGACUUGGUACUCGCACAACGCACUUCAAGCCCGGCACCGAAUGGAGCAAGCUCCGAGCCAUGUACGAGGGCGCCGCAGUUGUUGAGGAGCGCCACCGACAUCGUUACGAGGUUAACCCCGAAUACAUCGACGAGCUGGAGAAGGGCGGCCUCGAUAUUACGUCUCUUGACGAUCAAGGAGUGCGAGUCGAGACCAUUGAGAUCAAGGAUCAUCCCUUCUUUGUUGGAUUGCAAGCUCAUCCCGAACUUACCAGCAAGGUGCUGAGCCCCUCUCCGCCAUUCCUCGGCUUCGUGGCGGCCAGCUCAGGAUGCCUCGACCAGAUCACCGAGGAGAUCAACCACAAGAAGGAUGGACUGGCGAAUGGAACUAGUGGCGCUUCCCACUUUUAA